AGUUCGGCGAACGCAGCAUUCAAGUUCUAUUUUAAGUGACAUUGGUGAAUUCCAUUGUUUGUAAUCAGUUUAGUUUCAAAACUAAAAAAGCAGUUUUAAAUUUACUAAAUUAUAGAUUAAACUAUUGCGAAAAUGUUGAACAAAUAUUUUUGUUUCCGUCUGGAGACGGCUGCUAUGAUCAUUGGUUGGUUCGAAACAAUCGGCUCGCUUUUAUCAGUUUUAUUAUUUGGCUUCUGCUUGGGAUAUGUAGAUGAUAUUGUUAAGCAGAUUAUAGAUAAAGCACAAGAGAAUGACCAACCAAAUCCUGAUGAAAUUCGUCAUGUUCUCGUCAUUGGAUUUGUAUUCUUUAUCGUAUUAAGUGCAAUAAAUCUAUUUGCAUCCAUUUGCUUAUUAUUGGGCACCAUUAAGGAACGACAUCUAUUGCUAUUGCCAUGGCUACUGAAUUCUCUCGUGUCUCUUCUAUUCUGCUUCAUUUACUACACGCUUCUUAUUGACUACGUUAUUUCUAGGGACAUCUCAUUUUCCUCAGUUUUUGGAUCGAUAUUACCAAUUAUCCUCGGUUUAGUUCUGAAAAUUUACACCUGGUUGGCGAUGUAUUCACUCUUCAAAAAUAUUCGCAACAAUCGCGAACAACGAGAGCAACUGCUUCGCCCGACUGGCGGUCUAUAUCCAUCAUAUACUAAUAUGUAAUAUAUAUAUUAAAUACGCAUAUAUAUUCGCAAAAAAAUCUACUUAUAUCCAUAUAUAUCUCUGAAGUGUGCUAAAUUGUUAAUGUAACCAACAUUUAAUAAUAUUACUAAUUAUAUUUAAGAACGAUUAAUUUAAAGCUUACGAACACACAUGCAUACAUACGUAUAUAAAUGUAUUUCAAUAAAAAAAAAAAAAAAACGAAAUAAAAUAUCAAUUAUACAUUCUAAUAUGUAAAAAUA